AUGUGUUCCCCCGUAGAAUGGCAGCUUUCAGGUCCCUUCAGGGCCCCAACCCAUUUUGCGACACCAGAUGUUCAGCCCGGUCAUGUCUCUGCCACUCAGGUCUUUAGCGUUGAAGGGUCUCAACAUCAGGUGAGCCUGAAACCUGGCGUGACUGAAGAUGUGACUGCAGAUGGAGCUGUGACGGCAGGUGCUUCUCCCAAGAGUCUAAAGUCGGAAGAGGCAGUCCACUGCAGCACUUGCGGUGCUGCACUGCCAUCCAGGAACAAGCUCUUUGCCCACCUCGCUGCCGCCCAUGGCCUUGAACGUCAGCAAAAAGCGCCGGAGGACGUGCCCGAGGAUCAGUUGCAGCGAGCACUGCAACGUGAGUCCAUAGCUGGACUGAGAUAUGUUAUGGAAACCCGUGGUGAAGGGCGCGCCCCUGUUCGGCUGGACUGGGUUUGCACCGUGCCCCGAGUUCGGCACAGCUUGAUCCUUUGGCUGCGUGCCAAAAUGUUGAAAGGCGAUCUUCCACAGCAUGCGCCCUGGUCAGUGGGCUGGUGGAAAGUGGCCAUCGUGCAAUACUUGCAGUUCAUGGAGGAGAGGCCCAACAUCUUCCAAGUUGGUGCCCAUGGGGGUCCAGAGGCGAAAGAUGGAGAAGUUCGACUGCGGAGGACUCUCGUGGCGCUCAGCCCAUCUGCAUGGGACCAGACGGAGCAGCUUCAAGACGAGAGCCAGGAGCAACUUGCUGGCAGAGUGGUACAACUCCUGCAGGCACUGCAGGCUGAUCCUACAAAGAAGAAGUUCGCCUAUCAAUUGCUCAGCGAGGUGGCCCAAGAUUCGGGUCUACAACGCUUGCUGCAUGGACGUAUUCUUUCAAAAGCCUUGGCUGAUGACCCGAGAUUUGACGUCGUUGAACAUCCCCGGCACGGCAUCAUGAUCCGCCUCGCGGCAACUUGGGAAGUUGCCAAAGAUCCGCUUGGCGAAGAUCGGGCCAAGGGCAAGCAGCCGUUGAUGGAGGUUUCGGUGUUGACUUGUCAGGAUGGUUAUGCAGCCAUUCUGGACAAGCCGGCUGGCACCACUACGGAAGAGUUGAUACGUCAGUUUGAGUUCCAUCUGGGCCCGGAUGUUGGAAAUGGAGAUGGUUUGCAGAGCGUAUCGCGCCUGGAUGCGCCAACCUCCGGCGCGUUGGUUGUGCCUUUGUCCCAGGCAGCUGCGGAGGAGUUGAAAGGUCGCUUCGCAACCCGCUCUGUCACGAAAGCCUACCUCGCGCUGGUGCUGGGAAGUGUUCCUGAGCAGGGUGAAGUCAAUGCCAAAUUGCGGAGUUUCCAAACGGUGGAUCGCUACCGAGCCGUUGUGCACCCCUAUGGAAAGGAGGCCGUGACCCUCUUCCAAAGACUGGCAGUGCUGCCCUGUGAUGAGCAUUGUGAGUCUUACUCCCUGGUGUUGGCGUGGCCGUUGACAGGGCGUAUGCAUCAGAUUCGAGCUCACUUUGCACAUCUGGGUUUUCCCUUGGCAGGGGAUGUGCGCUAUGGACCCCGAAAGGUUCCAACUGCACGGUUGGGAUCCAGGCUUUUUCUACAUGCUGCCUACGUUUCUGUAUCUACUUCACUCACUGCAGUGUCACCGCUGAAAGCUGACCUUUUGGAGCCGUUGAAGGAACUGAUGAUUGAUGCGACUUUGCUAGAGCAGUUGGAGCACACGGAAUUCUACACCGAACGAUUUGGCGAGCUGCAGCUGGCCUCGAAAUCCAUUGCGCCGGGAUCUGACUCAGAGAGUUCAGAAAGCACCGAGAAUCUGGAGAUGCUUCUUUCCAAAGAGAACCGUAGCGAUGUCGACCCGGCUCUUGGUUCGCGCCCGAAGCUGCAAGCACCUCGUGCUCCGCAACCAGAACGACCCCAACGUGUGGAGCAACCAGAGGAAGGUGGAGUAGGUUUCCUUCCCGGCCCUCGGGUGCCAUCUCUGAAGCAACCCCAGCAGCCACCAGGUUGA